UGUCACCAGAAGCGUACAUUAGCGGAGCUAGUUUUUACGUCUUGCCACUUCAGCUUUUUCAAAUUUUCUACAAGUCCAGACUCUAGAUUAUUUAGCAUAAUCUGGUUUUCCAUUGCAAUAUGUGUUCUUCCGUCCGAGUUCUGACAACCCAGCUACGAAAUUUCUGAGUUCUGAUCCUCAAAAUAUCUGCUACUGUUUCCCCUGUCUCUCGUUUUUUUUUUUUUUUAACUGAAAACGCACAGAAACAAGCUGAAGAGGAAAAUUUAUUUUAUUUGUUCUGGAUUCUUCAAAGUUUCUAAACAGUUGUUCAAUGGGAAAGACUGGCUUGUUUGAUCUUGAGAAGCAUUUCGCUUUCUAUGGGGCUUAUCAUAGCAAUCCAUUCAAUAUAGCUAUACAUAUGAUGUUUGUUUGGCCAAUACUCUUUACGGCUCUUGUUCCCUUUUACUUCACACCUUCCUUCUUUGGAUUCCCUCACAUUGAAUUCUCUCUUUUCGGGAACAACGUUCAGUUGGUUUUGAAUCUUGGUUUCUUAUUUACUUUGUUCUACGCGUUGUUUUACACCCCCUUAGAUAAAAAAGCUGGCUCCUUAGCUGCCCUUUUCUGUUUCCUCUGUUGGUUCGGCAGCAGUAUUCAUGCAACUAAACUUGGGUUUUCCCUGGCUUGGAAGAAAUGGGCACCUGCUCUUUUGGACAAUCUCAUUCAAGCUAUUUUGAUGGCUCCUUUCUUCGUUUUGCUAGAGGCUCUUCAACUAUCCUGUGCUUAUGAACCAUACCGUGGUUUCCAUGCAAGUGUUCAAGCAAAGAUUUAUGCUGAAAUCAAAGAGUGGCAGUCUAAGAACCAAAAGAAGAUUUCCUAAUUUGGUGCUGGGGUAUUGAAGAAGCAGAAGUUAUCCUAUUUCACAGCCAUGGGUAGUCUGCAGUUCAAGUUACAUAGAGUUGGUAGAUUCUUCAUCUAUAUUCCAUUACAUAAUCGACUAUAACUUAUGAAAGCAAAGGUACAAUGCAAAUGGGACACAUUGUAUGGCAUGCAACCAUCCUGUUGGUUUUACUUUUACCUAAGGCUGCAUUUCUUUUUUCAGUCAAAUCAAAUGGACUGAGUUUUUCAUCA